AAAGAAGUGACGCCCUCAAUCUGCGACUUCAACGUUAUAAGUGCGUUGUUUGGUGUGCGCACGUUAAAAUAUCGUUGGUUCUUUUUGAAUUAUUGACAUUUUCUUUUGAGGUGUGAAGACAAAGAACUCUCUAAAAAUAUGUCUUUAGCAGACGAGCUGCUAGCGGAUUUGGAGGAGGCAGGAGAUGAAGAAGACGGGCUGUAUGCCGGUGGGGAUGGCGGUGAUAGUGAUGGGGAGCCCGGGGAGAGUCAAACUGUUAGGGGUCUGGAGGACAUACCGGAGGAGAUGGAGGUGGAUUACAGUGGGACGGAGAGUGUCACAUCCAUAGCUAAACUAAGACACAGCAAACCAUUUGCUGAAAUCAUGGAUAAAGUUAGUCAAUAUGUUGGAAAUCAACAGAAGAAUUCAGAAGUGUCUGGACCUGUUGAGGCAGACCCAGAGUACAGACUCAUUGUUGCCGCCAACAAUCUGACAGUGGAAAUAGAUAAUGAACUUAAUAUCAUUCACAAAUUUGUUCGUGACAAGUACUCCAAAAGGUUUCCAGAACUUGAGUCUCUGGUGCCAAAUGCAUUAGACUAUAUCAGAACGGUUAAGGAGCUGGGCAACAAUCUUGAAAAAUGCAAAAAUAAUGAGACCCUCCAGCAGAUCCUGACCAAUGCCACCAUCAUGGUGGUCAGUGUCACAGCCUCAACCACACAAGGGACGAUGCUUGGGGAUGACGAACUCCAACGAUUGGAGGAGGCAUGUGACAUAGCCCUAGAGCUCAACCAAUCAAAACAUAGGAUCUAUGAAUAUGUGGAAUCCAGAAUGUCGUUCAUUGCUCCUAAUCUUUCAAUAAUAGUUGGAGCAUCAACUGCUGCUAAGAUCAUGGGUAUUGCUGGUGGGCUGACUAACCUGUCCAAGAUGCCUGCGUGUAAUCUGAUGUUGCUGGGAGCUCAGCGGAGGACUCUUUCUGGAUUCAGCAGCACUUCCCUUCUGCCCCACACUGGCUACAUCUACCACUGUGACGUAGUACAGACUCUGCCUCCAGAUCUGAGGAGAAAAGCUGCUCGUCUGGUUUCAGCUAAAUGCACUCUGGCAGCUCGUGUGGACAGUUUCCAUGAGAGUGCAGAUGGCAAGGUUGGCUACGACCUGAAAGAGGAGAUUGAGCGAAAGUUUGAUAAAUGGCAGGAGCCCCCACCAGUCAAGCAGGUAAAGCCUCUUCCAGCACCCCUAGAUGGACAGAGGAAGAAGAGAGGAGGAAGGAGGUAUCGUAAGAUGAAGGAGAGGCUGGGUCUGACAGAAAUUAGGAAACAUGCAAACAGAAUGACAUUCGCUGAGAUCGAGGAUGAUGCUUAUCAGGAGGAUCUGGGCUUCAGUCUCGGUCAGCUUGGAAAAUCGGGCAGCGGCAGGGUGAGACAAGCUCAGGUCAAUGACUCCACCAAGGCCAGAAUAUCCAAGUCUCUACAGCGGACAUUGCAGAAGCAGAGUAUGACUUAUGGUGGGAAAUCCACUGUCAGAGACCGAUCCUCUGGAACCAGUUCCAGUGUGGCGUUCACUCCAUUACAGGGACUGGAGAUUGUGAACCCACAAGCUGCAGAGAAGAAGGUGGCAGAAGCCAAUCAGAAAUAUUUCUCCAACAUGGCUGAGUUCCUCAAGGUGAAGCGAGAGAAAGACGACAAGGUGUGAGGUGGCGUGUUAGACAGCCUGGAGCAGCUGGAAAGCACAAGGAUAUAUGAUUUCUGUGCAGAGACCAACUUGUACAUCUAGAUUUUUUUUGUUUUUCUGAUGUUUUUAAGAAAUGUAUACUAGGAAAUUGUGCAGGUUGUUUUCAUCGUUGUACACAAUUCUUUAUUUUUUAACAAUUUUGGACCGCUAAUUAAAAUGCUGUAAAUUAUGCAUUGAUUAAAGUUGAUCUAGUUCUGUA